UCUCUCUCUCCUUGUUGGUGCACACCGGCGCAGCAUCGAUAUCUACCAACACACACACACGCGUUCAUGCUGCUGUUUUCCCGGAUCUUUCGGCAGACUGACUCCCCGCUGUGUAUGUGUGUGUGUGGUUUUUUUAUGUUGUUGUUUUGGUUUUAACGUACAGGACCAGCCGUGAUGCGGAUUUUACAGUGAGUUGAAUCACGAUCCCUGUGCGCCGGAGUCUUCCCCCACGUCGCCCGGGCAGCAGAAGGAACAUCCGCCAGUCUGUCGCGGACGCGCGGGGCUGUGGGUAGCCGGAAUGAUCUUACAAUAAAUGAACACGCUUGCGGGCUCAGCGGAGGAGUAGGAUAACUUGUGUCAGCGGACACGACGCCGCUGUAUCGCCGUGCGCAGGCAGGCUGAAGGACCCGUCUCCAAACUGGCCGGGCCGGAUGGAUAGGAUGAAGGUCAUCAAGCGGCGCCUGUCCAUGACGCUGCGCAGCGCCCGGCCGGUCGACGAGUCGCUGUCCGAGCUCGCCGAGCAGAUCACGGUCCGGAAGGGGCUCUGCUUCCCGGACAGCCAGCGGGUUCAGCCGCGCUCUCUGGGGAUGCGGGACAGGCGCCUGCCUGCCCCACCUGCGCGUCCGAUGGGGGACCCCAGCCGGGAGCCCCAGAGGCUCUCCCCUUUCCGCAUGCUGAAGAUCCUGGAGACGUGCCGGCCCAUCGGGAACCGCAUCGGCCAGGAGCCAGUGCCAGGUGAAGAUUUGGACCUGCAGUUCCUGAUUCCUCGGGAAUCCCUCUCCCGCUCUCUUUCGGAGACGGAGCGGGCCAUCAGGUAUCGCUGGCAUAGCCCCCGAGGGGUCCGAUCUCGGCCAGCUGAGCCCCUGUGCCCCUCUGACAGCGGGGUGCGCCCGAAGGCUAAGAAGCUCGUCUGCGGCUACAAACGUCCCAUCUCCAGCCAGUGCGUGUGUAGAGUCCAAUCUGUCUGCAGACGGCCAGAUCCCGAGGACGAGAGAGAUUUCCAGCCACUCCUCGUGUGUUUAAUGCGCGGUGCCCGAGCUGGCGGUGGACCGGAGGAGGUGCUGUUCGCCCUGCGCGGUGCGGCCGGGCCGCGGGGUCCAACCGGCAGCACCCCCAGACCCGGCAUCGUCCACGAGAAUGUGAAGAUGGGGUCGGACGGGGAGAGCGACCAGGCGUCCGGCACCUCCUCGGACGAGGUCCAGAGCCCGGUCCGGGUCCGCAUGAGGAACAGCAGCCACCGCCGGAUCUCCACAGAGGACAUUAACAAGCGCCUGUCUCUCCCUGCGGACAUCCGGUUGCCAGAGGGGUAUCUGGAGAAGUUCGCCAUGAACAGCCCGCCCUUUGACAAGCCCCUGAGCCGCAGGCUCCGGCGCGCCUCGCUGUCCGAGAUUGGGUUUGGGAAGCUGGAGACGUACGUUAAACUGGACAAACUGGGAGAGGUAAGAGGAGACAGUGACACUGUAAUAUCCUGUGGGCGGCCGCGGCGACCUCCGGUGACCCUUCCUGCCCCUUCCUGCCAGGUGUUCCUGUUCCAGCUGCUGCGCGGCCUGGCCUACUGCCACCGGCGCAAGGUCCUGCACCGCGACCUCAAGCCGCAGAACCUGCUGAUCGGCGACCGGGGCGAGCUGAAGCUGGCCGACUUCGGUUUGGCCCGGGCCAAGUCCGUCCCCACGAAGACGUACUCCAAUGAGGUCGUGACCCUGUGGUACCGCCCCCCCGACGUCCUGCUGGGCUCCACGGAGUACUCCACCCCCAUCGACAUGUGUCUGGACAUCAGGUUUGAAGCGAAGACGAGAAUCUCAGCGGAGGAGGCCCUUAGACACCCCUACUUCAGGAGUUUGGGGGAGCAGGUUCAGACGUUACCCGACACGGCGUCCAUCUUCUCCGUGAAGGACAUCCAGCUGCACAGGGACCCCGGCAAGCGGUCGACGGGACACCCCGAAUCAGGCAUCCAGGCCCUUCGGUGGUUUGAACGCACUCUGAAGAGGAGCUGGACAGGCACCCUCUGGGUUCAGGGCCUGCUUGUGGAGGUUAUAGAGGAGCUGGACUGCUCUGUGCAUCUCUGUAGCAAGGCAGUGUGGGAAACCUUGGGGUGAGGGCGCCCCCUUCUGUCUGCAGGCGCCGAACUACCACCCUCCCCAAAGCCGCCGUGGCCGCCGCCGCCACCCCCCUGCCCCCCGACUCCCCCACUUUCUCCCCUGUCACGUUUUGUACAGUACAGCUACCAAUAAACUGAUCAGGAACA